AUGGCGAUGCGAUUUCCUGGGGUAGGCGGUCACGUCGAGUCGAUCGUUUACGGCGAGAGCACUCCCGAGGGGCUCCAAACGCUACAGAAGCCCACCACCGCCUGGGAGAUCCUUUUUUAUCUUGGCAUACAUUUCUCGGAGGAGUUGCUAUCGCAGUCGAUCACUCGUGACGCCUCCUUUACGGCUUUCGUACUCUCGAUGGGCGCGUUGAAGCGGUUUACCGCAUCUUUCUUCGCGGUGCGCUUUCCCGAUGCUUGGACUCCAUCCUCGGAGGCGCUACGGUCUGAAGUCGAGCGACUCGGUGGGGUUGCGUUCCAGCAAGGGGAAUGGCGGAGGGCGUCUGACGUGGGGCUGCGGGAGCUGUGGAUUUUGCUCUUCCUCGAGCUAUUUGACGCGUCCUCGCGAGUGCGGGGAUGGAGCGACGAGUUUGAUCGUCCGCUAUGGGGUCUUGGUCUCGUGGAUGAAACCUCGAACGCCCGGGAGCCGGCGGUAAUGGAUGUCAAGAUCGGCUUUUUACGAUACUCCCCUCAUACUCCAAAAGAAAAGGUGGCGCGUAUUGAUCUAAAGGAGGAAGGCUCCAUUUGCCGUAAGGUUGCCCUCCGUCCAUGCGGCUUUCGGCGCUUCAUCCAUCGUAAUCUGCCGUGUUCGCAGCACACCACAACGGAAGUGGAAGAGUUGGAGCGGCCGCUUUUGUUUGUCAUCCGCGAAGACGAGCUUUCCGCGCUGCUGCGGUGCUUCCCAUCGACGGUGGUGAGCCUCACAGGUGGAAAACCCGCCACCGGCGCUCCACGUCGUUCUCAUUGGUUGUGUGUAAAGGACUGCCUCGACCGUAUUACGGAGGAUCGUCGGAGAGCCAUGCGAGAAGCGAUUCAGAAUCUUCUUUCUUUUUUUCAGGAAACCAUUGAGGGGCGGCAUUUGAUCGAGACCAUGGCUUUUGUCUCGUCCAGCGUGCUAUUUGUGUAUGACGCCGCAGGGGGUGUUGAAACGGUACGGGUUCGUUUGAUCGAUUUCGCUCGCUCAAGUUAUCGUUACUUGAACUACGACGAGCAAACCAUCGGGUUUGUUGAAGGGCUUCAGAACUUGGUGAAAUAUCUAAGCAGCCCCGUCCGUUUACGUGAGGGGUUGAUUCAAGCUAAUGGAGAGGGUGAUUCAUAG